GAGAGGGAGAGAGGGAGAGAGGGAGAGAGUGUCUAUUUACGACAAGAAAAAGCGAAGCUGGUAUAAACCAGGGGGAGGCCUUUCCUUCUUCACCCUGCGUGAACUGUAAAACGCAGGUGAGGACAGGGAUUGAGACGGAGCUACGGGGCUGUGCGGGGGCUGCUUUCACCUGAACACUCGGCGGUGAGGGAGGAGCGGAGGACACGCCAGAGGAGAGAGAGAGAGAGAGAGAGGGAAAGAGGGGGAGCAGAAGAUGCUGUGAUCCGCUGCUGAGCACUCGCAGGGAUGUAGAGUGGGGGAGACGGGGAGAGGCAGGGAAGGGGGAGGACCGCACCGCGUUGAACAUGGCAGUUUUGAGGGGAAUAUGCCUUUCGCCCCGACAUAAUGUGGCGGAUGAAUGUGAACGUUUGGCGACGCCCGGAAGCUUGAGGAGGUGCGGGUUUUGCUGACAGGCCGCUCGCUGCUCGGCUAAACCGGAGCUAGCCCCCCGCUGCUGUGGCUAACAUAGCAUGUUGUUGCACCUGUGAAAUAGGCCUGACACACACGCACACACACACACACACACACACAUAGAAUACAUUAGAGAUGUAAACUACAGUGCUAACAUCUGUGUGGCGUAUGUGACGUUUAGCUGCGAGACUCAAGCACCAAAUGACAUUAAUUUAGUCAGAAAGUGUUGAAAAACCUGCUCGUAUAUAACGUUAACUUUAUUCUCUUCGUUAUGUGUCAUAUAUAUGUAUAUAUCUAUGUACAUAGAUAUAUAUAGUUAACGUCAUACAUGUAACGAGGUGCAAGUUAUGCUAAUAAGCUAAUGUACAAAGGUAAAAGUCAUUAGUCAUGUGUAUCUUUAGGGUAGCGCUCAGUAUUUAAGACUUAAAUAAAUCAGCCAGGUCACUCAGUGUCAUCACUUUCUCCUCUGUACUCUACCCACUAGUAUGUCAGCUUCCUUUACUAACAGCAUUGUACGUGUAAACACAGAUAUUGAGAUGAAGAUUGCUCAUAUACCGUCCACACUUUUCAAAUCAUCUCUCCCUCUAACUUCAUAGCAGCACUGGAAAUGUUUUAAGUUGAGCACCAUCUUGUAUCUUGCACAAUAAGAAGCUGUGUAAUAGAGUAACUGCAAUAAAUCUAAUAAAUAUCAGCCUCCUGUCAGAGCAGCAUGAGUAAGGAACUGUCUCUCAGUCAGUCAGCUCAAUAUGUUGGGCCCUAUCGACUGGAAAAGACACUGGGGAAGGGACAGACAGGACUGGUCAAGCUGGGGGUCCACUGUAUCACAGGUCAGAAGGUCGCAAUCAAGAUAGUCAACAGAGAGAAGCUGUCCGAGUCAGUCUUGAUGAAGGUUGAGAGGGAGAUUGCCAUUCUGAAGCUGAUUGAACAUCCGCAUGUGUUGAAGCUGCAUGAUGUUUACGAGAAUAACAAAUAUCUGUACCUGGUGUUGGAGCAUGUGUCAGGAGGAGAGCUCUUUGACUACCUGGUGAAGAAGGGCAGACUGACCCCAAAAGAGGCCAGAAAGUUCUUCAGGCAGAUCAUCUCAGCUUUGGAUUUCUGCCACAGUCAUUCUAUCUGUCACAGAGACCUAAAGCCUGAGAACUUGCUCCUGGAUGAAAAGAAUAACAUCCGAAUCGCUGACUUUGGCAUGGCCUCCCUGCAGGUGGGAGACAGUCUGUUAGAGACCAGCUGUGGAUCUCCACAUUAUGCGUGUCCUGAAGUCAUACGGGGGGAGAAAUAUGAUGGGCGGAGAGCAGACGUGUGGAGCUGUGGGGUCAUCCUGUUUGCUCUGUUGGUGGGUGCCCUGCCUUUUGACCACGAUAAUUUACGCCAGCUCCUGGAGAAGGUGAAAAGCGGAGUGUUCCACAUGCCCCACUUCAUUCCCCCAGACUGCCAGUCUCUGCUCAAGGGCAUGAUUGAGGUCAACCCUGAGAAGAGGCUCACGCUAGAGGCCAUCCAGAAACAUGCCUGGUACCAGGGUGGCCGCAACGAGCCGUGUCCAGAGCAGCCUCCUCCCAGGCGAGUGUGCGUGAAGCGAAUCUCAUCCCUGACCGAACUGGACCCAGAUGUGCUGGACAGCAUGCACUCGCUGGGCUGUUUCAGAGACCGAGUCAAGCUCACCCGAGAUCUGCAGUGUGAAGAGGAAAACCAGGAGAAGAUGAUCUAUUAUUUGUUGCUGGACAGAAAAGAGCGCUACCCAAGCUAUGAGGAUGAGGACCUACCUCCGCGCAAUGACGUAGCAGACCCUCCGAGAAAGCGCGUUGACUCUCCGAUGCUGACGCGACACGGCCGCUGCCGUCCCGAGAGGAAAAGCCUGGAGGUGCUGAGUGUGACUGAACAGGGGUCUCCCACCCCGCCUCGCAGGACCCUGGAUACAGCUGCACACAGCCAAAGGUCUCGCUCAGUGAGUGGAGCUUCCACUGGUCUCUCCUCCAGCCCGCUCAGCAGCCCCCGGUCCUAUCAGAGCCCCAUCUUCACUUUCAGCCAAUCAGACGUCACCUGUGCCACCGCAACCCCCCUCACAAAGGAGGGGCCCAAACAGGGAAGCAUCACAACUCCUCGCUCAGCACGGGCUCAUGACAAGCCCAAAGCUCCCCCCAACCCAAAGACCCAGACCCUGCCCAUCAAGGGACCCAUCGAGCGGCCCCACCUGCAGCCCAUCAAAUCCCUCCCUCUGCACAACCCAUCCUCCCGCUCCCCCUCUCCCUCUCCGCUCCUGUCACCCAUCCCUCGUUUCUUCUUUCCUUCGUCCUCUGUCCUAAAGUCAGUGACUAAGAGCUUCUACCCAAACUCUGCCCACUCUGUGCCGCAGGUCACUCCCCAGGGCUCUCCGUUGCCCACACCCUUGGGCACCCCUGUCCACCACCCUCACCACCCCUCCUCCACCCCGCCCUCCUCUUCCUCGUCCUCGUCCUCCUCGCGGGCGGAGGGAGGGGGAGGGGUGGGUUCGUUGUCGCUGACCCCGCCCUCCAGUCCAGGAGGGGGAAGCGGCAUGGCAGCCAGCAGCUCUGCCCACUGGAGGACUCGCCUCAAUUCUUUCAAGAACAACCUGUUGGGCUCGCCCCGUUUCCAUCGCCGCAAGCUGCAGGUUCCUACAUCAGAAGACAUGUCCAGUCUAACGCCAGAAUCCAGCCCAGAAUUGGCCAAGAAAUCAUGGUUUGGAAACUUCAUUGGUUUAGAGAAAGAGGAGCAGAUCUUUGUGGUCAUCAGAGACAAACCUCUGAGCUCAGUUAAGGCCGACAUUGUGCACGCCUUCCUGUCUAUCCCGUCACUCAGCCACAGUGUCAUCUCCCAGACCAGCUUCCGGGCCGAGUACAAGUCCUCCGGCGGUCCCUCCGUCUUCCAGAAGCCUGUCAAGUUCCAGGUGGACAUUGCUUUCUCAGAGGGCGAGAGGGAGCGAGACAGGGAGAGAAGCGAGAGGGAGGGAAGGAGGGAGAGCGGACUCUACAGCGUGACAUUCUCCCUCAUAUCAGGCCCCAGUCGCAGGUUCAGACGAGUGGUGGAGACGAUUCAAGCUCAGCUUCUCAGCUCUCAUGAUCAACCCAUGGUGCCAGGCCUAUCUGAUCCCUUCCCAGAUGAGAAGAGUAGCCGGCCCCACGGCACCCCCACCCGCCAAAACUCGAGGCGCUCCGAGGGUGGGGGCGACAGGUGUGAGUGGGGCGACCGCGCCGAUGGUGCAGGCAUAGGAGGCAGCGGGGGAGUCCUGCAGCGCAGAGGCUCGGCCAAAGAGAGAACCCGACUGCUGUCCUCCAACGGAACCCAGUCCCAACCGUAGGAUGUAGAGUGAAACCACUCAGCGAGAUUGCUGGAACUACUGCAGACAGAAGACAGUAAAGAGUCAAUCUCAGUAUAUCCCCGGCUAUUAUUCCUUGACUAAGUUAAUGAAUGUGCUUGACCAUAGCAAGGAUUGAGCCUUCUCCACAUUGUGUUUCUUUACAACUCCUCAUUCUCUCCUCAGUCUUUUUGGAUCACCGGGAUUCCUUCCCUUAAAUGAGAACCAAGUUAGGGAAUCGCUCCUUGAAUGGAAACAAAAAAAAACUAUGUUUGGUAUCUGUCAUAGAUGUUCACAGAUCCAACCAGGACUUUUGAAGUGCUAAUGUGCAUGCUGGUUAGCAAAUCAGCCUGCUAAAGGAUGCUGACAUGAUCAGAUAGGCUAGUCUACCAUAGCAUUCUAACACAGUAUCUGACACCAAAAACAAGUAAUAGUCCUUUGAUGGUGUGCCCAUGUCACUGUCAAGCAACCGGUCCAUAGUCAAAGACAUAUAGAUAAGCCCUCAACGUUAGCAUUCUGCUAACGCUUUGAUUCUCUCAGGAGAAAACCCCACGUGUAGAGUCCCAGCACUGUCUUCUCCCGAGGUCAAGAGAAACCAACACAGUAAGCUAAGUUGAAUGUGAAAUAAAUAUUUUUUUAUUUUGUUCUCAUUUAUGUUUACAUCAUAUUUGUUUUCAGGAUGUCAGCAGCACAGAGAGAGAAAGAGAGAGAGAGGGAGACUGCAGUGUUCAAAGGGAAAGCAGGUGCUUUAUGGCAGGAAUAUUUAAUUAUUAAGAUUGUUUUAUAAUUUCUUUUUACUCGGAGAUCAUAUUAAAACAAUGCACCUGAGAUUUUGGCAUUGGACUCCUGUUGCUCUGAAGAAGAAGAAGUAUUUUUUGAUUUGAACAGAAAUAUGAACAUUAAUAUAUAAAAAGGAAAAACUAUGCGUGAAUAGUUCCAUGAACCUCAUCCCAGCUGUUUGAAUGAGAAAAUGGAUCAGGCCCUAUUUUCUCAUCCGGCUCUUCUCCUAUGGCCAUAGUAUUCACAUAAUGACUCAAAUCAACACACAGAGGAAAAGUCAUCAGUGGACAUUUUCACGAUGCCAGACUGUAAAAGCUUGCGAUGCUGAUUCCUUACUGAACUGGACGUCAGUGGAGACAGCGAGCAGAGAGUCUCCCAACCCCGCGCUCCUCACUCCAGCGUUCACCAACGAGCCAAGUAAAUCCAUCUCGACAGCCACGCUCCUCACCGAGAGUCGCACCAUUCGGGCAAAAACACAACACGGUAGCAACUGGGACGCUCGUAUUAUUCCAGCCGAUGUCCAUCACCAGUCUUCCAUGCGGCACAAUAUGCAACACGUGCAACGCGUUCUCAGAGAGAUACAUACUGCUACUGUUGUUUAUUUUCAUUCUGUGUGUGUCGUUUUUUAUAUAUUUAUAUAUAUUUGCGCACUAAUUUAUCCAUCUAUUUAUUUAUUUAUUUAUUAUUAUUGAUUGGGCAAUGUUGUUGUUUGUGUCGUGUUUGUUGACAGACUGGAUUUUAAUGCCAACGAAACUGUUGUUGUGUUUUGUUUGGAUGGUGGCCACGCUGCUUCUUUCUUUUACCUCUGUGAUAUCACUUCUGUCGUAUUUGCUUCAUGGUGAAUCACUCGUACACAUGGUUCUUGUUUAAUAUUUAUCCAUAGACAUGUUGCUGCGCUGUUCUGUGUCGCCAGAUACCACGUUGAGCGUUGUUAUGGACACGAUGGCUAUAGCCCGAGAUACAUUUGCUCUUCUGAGGGUGACGUCCACUCCCGGUUUCCGGCUUACGAGUUCAGAUGAAGAAGGAAUGCAGCAUUUCUCUCCCAUCUUUUCCGCAUUUAUACUCCCAGUGAGUAUAAAGUCGAAGCACUCACACCCUCUGUGUGCUGGGAAAGGACAUGUGUCCGUUAAAGUGAUGGAAGGCCAUAUCCUUCCCCUGUGCUGGCCUCCCUCUUUGGUUUGAGAGUCUUUCCUGAGCAUGGUAAUUGUUAGCUAGCUGGAUAAUUAAGUCAUUAAGAGGGAGGUCAGCAUGAUUAUAUGAAGAGAUAUGUAUUUCAUUUCUCAUCACCCACGUUUUUUUUAAGCAUUUCUUAACAUGGACAGAACCUCUCUUUGUUGACAUCUCUAAUCAUGCUUAUUAAUGGCUGGUAACUUGAACAUGUGUGUGUGUCACAGGUGGGCGACGGCUGACUUGGAGCGUUUGACUGACCCAAUAAUAUUAAAUGAACUUGACAUUGACCAAACCUUCUCUCUCACAUUGGCUUCAUCUCCUGCCUCUCUGCCUCAUGUAUCGGCCUCUUAAACCUGUCGUGUAGCCACCACCAUAAGAGAAACUGUAGUGAGUUGUUUGCCUCACUGUCCUCACACACACUUCUUUACGACUGCUCACCAUCACCUGCUUUUUUCCUCACCAACACCACGUCACCUUCACUGUCAUUGGCCCAACCCUGGCUAAGAUUGUAAACUAUUCUCCAUCCAUAAGGGUCAGUAGAAUAAGGUGUUUAAAAAAAAAAGAAGAAAGAAAUGUCUGUAUCAUAAUUUAAAUAUUAAAAAGUGCACUAUUAUAACUAUUGCCUGUGAUUAAAAAGAACAAUUAUGAUUGAAUUGAUGGUCAAAAUAAAGAGAGAUCCACCUUAUUGGUAUGGUUACAAUAAUAAAUCCUAAAGUCAUGUGUG